AUGACAGCUGAUGUUAAGACAGCGAUGAUAAGCAAUUCGGCAAAACAGAUAUGGGCCGUCUACAUGUCCACGACAGUACCGCAGAAUAUAAAAGGUAGUAAAAUCGCCGGACGCCACACUCCAACAAGAAAUAGUUUAAGGCACAGUCGCAUGCUAGUUGUAAAUAACAAAUCAUAUCCAGCUUCUCAGCAUCCAAAUCCAUUGAAUUUUAAAUAUCCGAAUCUUGCCCGCUGGUUGCUCAUACUGGAAAUAUUAGUUGGUCUACUAAUAUCAUUCUUAGCAAUAUGGAUAUUCUGCUUGGCACCCAAUACGGCCAUACAAUAUAAUCCCUACUGGAGCGGCUUGGUGCUCCUGCUUGCUGGCAUUCUUGGACUUGUGCUUGUACGCUAUCAGCGUAUAAAACGCCACAAAGUGCGCGAGAAUUGUUUUAAAUUUUUACGCACCGAUUCAUAUUUGCUAGCGCUCUUGGCCGUCUUGCUUUGCUGUGUGGCAUUCUUUUGUGCUGCCCUACAUUACGCGCGCCUUUGCGCCAGCGAUACACACUGCGCGCCCACAAACAUUCUGUUGGAGCAAGGAUCCUGCACGUGCACCUUUAACGUGAAUGAGGAAGUAACGCUGCCACCGCCAGCGAAUGACAGUGCGUCACAGGUGGCGAAUGGCUUGCUGGACGAAGAAGUGAUGCCGGAAAAUUUCAGUGACCAAAGCUAUAAAGUGGAAUAUCGGGACCUAAGCUGCAAGGAAGUGAGCGGCGAAUGGAUAACAAUUCUCAUUAUGUCUACUGCGCUCAAUGCAAUCGGUUUUUUGCUUGCGCUCGCCUAUGCUGUGCUGCUCGUUUGCUGGCGACACACCGCCAAACGUCCAUUCUAUACAUCCGUCCAGACCACCAGUACCUUUUAG